AUAGAAAAAAGAACACGUUAUAUAUACUUUAACCACAAGAACUCUACUAACUUUACCUAACACAUACAAGAAAAAAAAUAUAUACUUCAAGAAAAUAACCAAACACUAGAAACCUUAUAAUUUGGAGAACAAUCAAUCGUCAAAUAUUGAAAGUCUUAAACGUGUAUAAAAAUUCACCACAUAUAGGUCAUACAAUUUGAGUUCCCUUUUAUUAUAAAUUCAUUCAAGACUCCCCUCAAUACUAACCCUUUGUUUCCACAAUGAAAGAAAAUCAAGAACUUUCUCAUAAACAAGUUGAAUAUGAAUUUCAAGAUUCUAUCAAGAACGACUUUGGAUUUUUGUCAAUGGUGGAUGAUGGAGAUAAAAUAGGCAAUUUUUUCGACUCCACGACGAUGAAAGUAAAUGAAGAAUUCUCUCAUAAACAAAGUGAAUAUCAAUAUCAACAUUCUAUCAAAAACUUUGUGGAAGAUAGAGAUUUUUUCAUCGAAUCGAAGAAAUUAGGGUUAUCAGGGCGUGAGAAGUUGAAGAGGCAUUGGAGAGAAGUUGGAGGUAGGUUUUUUGUGCCAGAUAGAUGGGAGCAUGAGGGUUCUUUGAGGGAAUGGAUGGAUUGUUCUUCUUUUGAUAAAAUAUUAGCUCCAAAGGGACUAAAAUCGGCUCGUGAAGCCUUGAUGUCUCAAGGAGAAGGAGUACAUUCAGGUUCAACUUCAACUUCAAGAAUGCUCAAGGUCACAAGUAGAUAGUCGGGAGGGGGAGAAGAUUGAUAUUCUUUAGUUAGUAUUACGAUAUACCCAGAAUAAAUGCUUAUCUAGGAACUUUUAGAUCUUAGUUUGAAAAUAUUUUGUUUGGUGAAGUUUGUUGUUUAAAUUUUGGCAAAUUUGUAUCAAUCAUGCCUUAUUUUGCAAUAAAACUACUAAACUAGUGUGCAUUAGACACUCUUUUUGAGACAAAACUUCAAA